UACCAUGGAUUUUCCUGCUAACCUCUGCCGUUAUCUCAGUACCUUUCUGCAGAUGGGCCUCCUGUGCAGAAAACUGCUCAGUGUGAUGCUUGUUCUAAUUACAGUGUCCUGCACCCAGGAUCUCGUGGUCUUUCAGCCCAGGUCUGCUCAAGGCGUUGAAGGUGGCUCCAUUAUCUUAAAUUGUUCCUUCGACUUCAAAUCCAAACCCAAGGUUGGCAGCUAUUGGUGGCUUAAAGAUCAAAAGGUGGAGAUCCAAAACACCACUGGGGAGUUUAGGGGCAGAGUGAAGCUUACCACAGACCUGGAUUUCAUACUGAAGAAAAGAGCCGAUAUAGAGAUACGAGAUUUGAAGCAUUAUGACUCAGGAGUCUAUCAAUGCGUGGUGAACAUCCCUGGACUUCUUGACACGUUUGGGAAUGGGACGGAGCUUCAAGUCAUUAAAGUACAACCCCAACCAGUGCCUAAAGCUCCUUCCUUAGAAAACUCCUUGGUGCUGGUUUGGCUUCUCCUGCGUGGCAUCCUUUGUGCCUUUGGGAUGAUCAGCCUUGUUCUGGCGACACGUUUCUAUUACGAGAAGACAAAUCCUCAAUAGAUCCAAAAGAAGCCCUCAAGUUGCAAAGAGGACAAACAGGAAGUGAUCUCAGAAGUCCUCUGUCUCAUAAAAGAAUGUUUCCAUUCCCAGUUUCCUCUUUUCUUGUUUGGUGCUCAUGGGCUUAAUCCCUCUUACUUCCCUUAUUCAGAUGGAUUCAGGCAUACCUUGGAGAUAUUGAGGGUUUGGUUCCAGACCACUGCGAUAGAGUGAAUACCGCAAUAAAGCAAGUCACACAAAUUGUUUGGUUUCCCAGUGCACGUAAAAGUUAUAUUUACAUUAUAUUGUAAUCUAUGAAGAGUGCAGUAGCAUUAUGUCUAAGGAAAUAAUGUACGUACCCUAAUUAAAAAAAUUGCUUAACAUAAGACAACAGUGAAGUUUGCCACAUCGACUGACUCUUCCUUUUGUGAAAGAUUUCUCUGUAGCCGGCGAUGCUGUUUGAUAAAUGCAAUAUCUGCGAAGUGCAAUGAAGCACAGCACAAUAAAAUGAGGUAUGCCCAUCUUCCUAUAUCGUUGAAAAGAAAAAAAGGAAGUGUGAAAGAUACUGGAGAGGAGGGGAAUACAAUCUGGCCAACCCUCUAGCCCAUAUAUGCAAAUUCAGAAACAAUUGUGAUCAUUUAAAUAGAAAAAUAAUACAUUUUAAUAUUGUGAGGAAGACGGGGGCCUGCUGAUCUGUACCCUUAAAGUGGCCUGGUGGACAGUUGAGUAAACCCAGGAUUGCAAGUGGGUGUCUAUGGACACAGCGCGAGGGU